UUUUAUCAAUUAUUUACAAAAAUGACAUUCCUAUUCCGUUUGUUAAUCAUUGAUGCAAAAUGGUAGAUAUUUGCACAUGAUUCUGCCGUUUUAAUUAAUCGGCUCCAGCUCGUUCAUUCAGUCUAUUAACCAACUAUGUAGUCACACACGAAUUAUCAAUCAAAUAUGCUGUCUACGAAAUUAAUUUUUGGAGGCUUAUGAAGGAUAUUUAUAUAUUUCAUGUUUUAUAUUCCCUAGUCCGUACCGUAUAAUAACAAGAUGUUGACGUGCCGAUCUAGUUGCUUGAUUUCAUCAUCGCAGCUUUCCAAGCCUUCAACUAUUUCAGAGCUAUCCAUUCAAGAUGAUUCUUGUGAGGUCGUCGUCAGUUACAAGUUAGAUAGCUUGUAUUCUGGUAGACAGAACGACGAGGAGAAUGGAUCAAUACGUAGCUAUGGAUCGAAUGAUGCAGGAGACUACAAUUUAUUUGCUGAUGACGAGGAUAUUACGCCGAUCAAUACACCUACCCGUUUCACGUCGGAGCAUGGGCAGCAUCCUAACCUAUCGGAGUUGAAGACACCUCAAAAGUGUGAUAUCCCAUCAUGGAAAAGUAUAACUUCACAAUUGAAUAUACCGAUAGAUUCUGCAGGUGCGCCAUUUGGUACUUCACAAUUGUUUAAAAACGGUGAUUGUGAUGUCAUGCUAGACCCUUUGUUAUCCUUUUCCUCAGAGGACCUAUGUCUACCAAAAGAUGUAUCCAAUAUGGAUAAUGUACAAAAUAAGGUUAAAAUAGAUGGUUUUGAGUUAGAUUUACCAUCUGAUGACUCUGAUAUUACAGUGGAUAUAUCAGCUAUCCAUGAUCAGAUAGUGUCCCGAAUACUUGAUAAUGCGGAGCAGCGAUGUAAAACUGUCACUUUUUGCACUACUUAUGACAAUGAUGAAAUAAGUGAAUCCGAUUUUGUGGAGUACCCCUGUGAGCAAUCGAUAUCUUCAUUGGAGGUAUCAGCAUCAAAUGUACCCAAGGAACAUUCACAAGAAAGGUGUCUAUCCAUGAAUAAUGUUAACAUAUGUGAAUCCACUGGACAAUAUGUUGAUAAUGGUUGUUUAGUCGAAAUCAAAAGUAAUCCAGACGACUGUUCUCAGAUUGUGGAGUAUGAUAAUUCAUCAAAAUUAACGUACAGUGUUACUGAAGGCUCAUUAGUUACGAAUAUAAAGCUGUCGUCGGUCGAAACCCAUGAAAUUGAAGGUUUUAAAAAUGCUAUCAAGUUUAACAAAAUGAAGGAACUGAUGUCUAGAUCAUUUCCUUUUACAGAGAGUGAUAAGAAAUGCAGUAACGUUGAAUCGUCUAGUAGCGACAGUUUACAACAAGGUGGCCGUAAUCGUUUCAAGGUAUCACCUAAAAGGAUUAUUGAUGAAGAAUCAAUAAUACCCGAUGCUCCUAACCAAUUACAAACUUCUAUUGGCACGUCACAGUACGUGGAGAACGUUGAUUUUGAAUUCCUGAAGAAGCGUAAACGAGAUCGUAGCGAGAGAGAUAAACAUCUAUCGGAUUCUCAAUCUCACCCCGAAUCUAAUGCUGGUCACGACACUACGAUAAUUAACCACGAUGCCGUCAACAGCAGAGUGCAAAGAUCCUCUAAUAAUUAUCGGCGAAAUAGAAAUGUGGAACCACGAGAACGAAGCAGGCCUGUUAUGAAGGAUGAUUCCUAUGGUUGUUUAUCUGGUGACGACACAACCAUGGUAGCCUACAAGGAUUUAAGCAUAGGAUUAAACACCUCCUCUUUGGGAAGGUCAUUGUAUUCAUCAGGGAGGAAUGAGUUAUCCAGUUCAUUUCAUAGAGAAGCGUCUCCAAAUAGAGAAACAGUGUCUAAGCGUGGUAAGCUAAGUGAUACAUAUAAUUCCACGGGGUCAUCCAAAUCUACCAAGGCACAUCGUAAAAAACCUGUUGGCGAUAAGGUUUUCGCUGCAGAAGUAUUUGAAAACAAGGACUGGUCUUCUGAGACUUGGGGAUCGUUUAUUAAUGUCAUUAAUAGCCGUAAGAGGACCUUGGGACACGGUUCAUUUUCCACGGUUUCCUUUGCAUUCCUUAGGUUGACACCUUCAUUAACUAUACAAUCCACAGGAUCAAACGGUAGCAACGCGCCAUCUAGCUCCAGAUCGAAGGAUAGUUUAUUUGCGGAGACUAGCCAAUUGGAUUUUUCUGACAAGGACGCUAUGGACAAUGAUUCUCAUAUGGAAGGCAGUAGCGAUCGCACUACCGUAGGAUCGUCUAGUAAUGCCUCACCAAGAGGAGAUGAUAGUGGUAACAUAUCUGAACAAGGCUGCUCCAUAUCGUCGGACAUCGUUGGAUCCCAGGAAGCGCCAGCAAAUGAUUCUGCUCAACCGAGUGGUGCCGUCUCUUCUAAUGACGGUUUCAUAGAUUCCGGAGGUGACAUCGUCGACUGGAUGUGCAGUAUCAUCGCAAAGCACUGUAAUAAAUGUGCCAAAGUGCGUACUUUGGAUUGCGCAGUAAAAAGUAUCAACGACGUCUUUUGGCAAGCAAGGUUCCAGUACAUCCGUGAAAAAGAGAUGAUGCUACACUUCCACGCCAAUGUACUUAAACCAAUCGCCUGUAGAUUCCAUACCGAAGAGGGGACCCGUGUUUACCAGCUUCUACUACCAAAGGCUCAGGGCGACCUUCUAGACAUGCUGAAGCACUUGAUUAAGUACCGAACGCUAAACAACAGGAACCCGAUAUACAUAUCCAACCAAUCAACAGGCAAACAGGAACGUAAAAUAAUCGGAUUAUCGGAAACUGAAGUGAAGUUCCUAUUCUUCCAGAUACUCUCGGGGCUGUCUUUUAUCCACAUGUGCUUUCAAGGUAACAUACAUCGCCAUUCCGACAUUAAGCUACAAAAUAUAUUAGUAUUCUGCAGUGAGUCGGAUAGGCACAAUCCACUACGAUGGAGACUAUGUCUGGCUGACUUUGGUUGUUCAAUUAUGCUACAUCCAACACAGCAUCUAGAGGGCGCUGGAUUGUUCAAGCACUUACAGGACACUGUAUCCAAGGAAUGGCGAUCACAGCUAUGUAGCCAGUUGACAUCAUUCGUCAGGGGUACUGUCAGAUGCAAUGCCCCUGAGGCGUUGUCAUAUGACCGCCACGGCACUCCACGUAGCAAUCGCAAUAACAACAUGCUCAUGUGGCAUAAGCGGAACCUAUUGAAUAUGGAUGCCACUAGCGAGGAUAAUCCUACUGAACCGGUUGCGUGGGCAAAGAAGGAUAUUUCAAGUAAAAUUAGUUACCAUAGUCCUAGGAACACGGGCAGGUUAGUAGGAGCGUCGGAUGGUGACCCUGCAGAGUACUUCCAUGUAAAUCGGAACGCCGAUAUGUGGUCUGCUGGGAUAGUGUUAGCAGAACUUGCUAAAUUCGGCGGCUGUGUUCCACUGGAUGACGUUAAUAUAGACGAGAAGUAUUUAACAAAAUCGGGAGAUGAUGCACUCUCCGCUGAAUAUAUCGCCCAGAGACUGAACGGUACCCUGGGCCGUGGUUUAUUUUGCAGAAACAAUGCAGUUGUCCGCCUUAAGAUGCAGCUUGAUUCACCACGAGAUAAGAGUUCUCCUAGGUAUCUAAAGAGGAACAUUGUAGGUGACAAGGGUAAGAACAAACAGGGCGCUUUAACCGAUGAAUGUCUCAAUAUGGCAUUGGCCUCGGAUAUAGCAGCCAAGUGUGACCUUGAUUAUGCUAUGCGGAUACGAAAUUUAAAACGAGAUUACUUUUGGUGGGAGUAUCCUAGAUUUUCGGAUAAUUUCUGGAAUAUGCUUGCCAAUCUCCUGGCGUAUAAGCCGCAGGAACGCUUAACAGCAGUUGCGGCAUUAGGGCAUCCAUGGUUCAAUUCCAAUGACGGUAACUCUCGUCCAAUAUUCGAUGAUAUAGACGCUUUAAUUACUGAGCAACAUAAGCAUUUACCUAUGGAGCACUUCUAUUACGUAGGUUCAUCCCUGUCAUUGCAAAACGGCAAUAAGAAAUCGCAAAUGAAUCCUGAAGUUUCUGGUGCUGAUAUGAAGCGUGAAGCUAUGAUGGACCCGUUAAAUAGUGACAUUGUUUUAGAGAGUAUUGGCUGUUAUGGUAAAGCUGGGCGAUCAACACAUGCGUGGUAUUCUGGACCGCUUCAUUACAGGCUUGCCACACUAAAAGAACACGGUAUCGCAAUCCCCGAUUACAUUGCACAAAUAUGCCGACGUGAGACUUUGGUCCUGGAAUCGCGUGAAAAGGAGUUAUUUGGUUCAAGGGGCUUCGUGUUAUCGAAGCUCUUAUCUAUCAAGCGAGAACACAAUAUGACGUGGGAGGACUUGAUGUCAUCCCGUGUUACCCAUUUACUCGGGUGCUCGAUACUGAAGCACUCUAAAGCACAGUUCUAGGUUGUUAAUGUGUUUUUUGAUGCUACAGUUACCAUAUUUAA